GCAUUCGCCCGCCGUCAGUAAUACACGGUUCGUGGUCUGCUCCGCUUGUUGCUCUCCACGCAACGAAAACGACAACAACAUCGCCAACAACAACGACAGCAACUACGACAACAACAACAAGAGCAACAGUCAAACAACCCACGCAAAGUUUUUAGUGUCUCAGUGUCGCUCAGUGUGAACGGGUUUCGGUUCUUGGUGCUCGUUUUCGCAAAAUAAACAAAAACAGAGAGCAUCUAAAAGUGAAAAGGAUUACGAGUUGGACUACAAAUUAUCAUAAUUACAUUUUGCCAUCUAUCUGUCGCUUCCUUUUUGCCACAACAACAAAAUGUUGUCAAUGACGCAUUUUCUGCUGCUGUCAGUUAUCAUCGCAUCUCUAUAUCUGCCAGCUCAUGGCGGCGAAACAAGCAAUGAUUAUGAAGAUUAUGAUGGCGACGAUUCGUCACACGGACCUGGACAUUUGCAAAAGCCCACACCAGCUCCAUUGAUACCAUACUUUAACGAGGGGCAGGUGGUUGUCUAUGUGAACAGUACUGCGAAAAGCGUGAAGCUUGAUUGUCCGGUUCAAAACUAUGAUGCCAAAAGUCAUGUGAUUAUGUGGUAUAAGGAUGAGAAGAGUGUUUCCACUGGCGAUCAGUUGAGUACCAAAGAAUACACCAUUGACAAACAGUUCGCUCUGACCAUUCCCGUGGAAAAUGCCACCAGUCACAACUACUCCUGUUGGAUCAUGCCGUCGAAAGUCCGUCGAAAUAUUACCGUUGAGUUUCAGACUCCAAAUGGGGCUUCCUCCAUAAGCUGGCCGAAUACUUUGUACUCGAUUAUCCUGAGUGUAUUUGCACUCAUCUAUCCAUUAGCCAGUCGCUUUUGAAUCUCUCGAAUGUGGCACACAUUUAACCACUGCACCACCGGCACUUGAACUACCUUGCAGUAGGAUUAGGCUAACAAAUAAUCGAGUAUAUGUUUGUAAUUACUGGAACUGCGCACACUCAAGAAUGAGCUUGGAUUUAAGUUGUUGAAUGUGUUAUGGAUUCCUUGGUUCCCUUCAAGUCGGGCUUUAAACCAUGCGGCAAUGGCUUAUGUAGUAAAAUGUUAGGUGUUGCUUUAUUACUGUAGCUUAGGUAUAAGAAAACGUAACUAUUUUUAGAUUGAUUGAAUGUAUAUAUGAGUACAAAGAUCUUUACCUUUAAGUUCUUGUUAAAGCUAUUUUCUCGAUUAUCAAUUAUAUUACCAGAUUCCCUCUGUUUAUACCUAAAAAUUAAAUACAACUCAAGUUUCCCCUUUAAUGUUAUUUAAUUAAUCAAUAAUUCUGCGAAACAAAUGAAAUACAUUGUACUAAAACUCAGCCUUAAUAUAAUAUUUGCCUUCAAAUUCAAAGAAUGCUUAGAUAAUAUACACGUACAUAUAAUAUAAAAUCAAGGAGAUCGCAAAUAUGCAGAUUGUUUUAAAGAUAAAUAUUAAAGUCAAAGUUUAAACAGAUUAUUUUUCAGGCCUAGGAUGAGUUUUUUUUGUAAGUCAAUAGUUAGUAUCUUUGGGCUUUCUCCUACAGUACUAGUUGGAGCGACAGAUAUAUCUUAUAAAAGUAUAUGUUAAACAUUAAAAAUAAGUUGUAUUCAAAUGCUAUAUCUUGUAUUUUGUUAAACCGUUUUUAGAUUCUUAAAUGGAUAAUACAAAUUGAUACUUUCAAAUUCCCUCUAAUAAACAUGAGCUUCUAAAAACAAA